AUGAAGUUGGUCAGAUUUUUGAUGAAAUUAACAGCGGAGCAAGUCCAGGUGGAACUGAAGAACGGUACGGUGGUGCAGGGCACAGUCAUUUCCGUUACACCUUCGAUGAACAUCAACCUCAAGAACGUCAAGAUGACAGUGCGGAAUAGAAAUCCUCAGUUUCUGGAAUACAUCAAUAUAAGAGGGAACAAUGUGAGAGUGGUGAUAUUGCCCGAUGAGAUCAACCUUGAUUCUUUGAUUUCGGAGGCCAUGUUGAAGCCAAGGAUAAGGGCGAAGACUGCUGGUAGUAAGAGCGGAAAGGACGUCAAGCGCAAGGCCCGAGCCUAUUAG